AUGUCGAUUUAUGGCUGCUUCGCCCAGUUCUACUUUUAUACGUCAUCCGGCAGUAUCGAGUGCCUCAUUCUUACAGUAAUGGCUGUAGACAGAUAUCUGGCCAUCUGCAACCCCUUGAGAUACUCUUCCGUUAUGGACUCCAGGAGAUGCAGUCAGCUGGUCGCGUCGGCUUGGCUCGCAGGGUUUCUGGUGAUGUCCGUCAUCACCGUUACAACCUGCAACUUACAAUUCUGUGGCUCGAACAUCAUUGACCAUCUGUUUUGUGACCUAGCUCCCAUGUUGCAGAUAGCUUCUGCAGAUACAUUGGUCAUUGAGAUGGAAGCCAUGGUGAUAGCUGUCGGUCUAAGUAUCUUCCCAUUCACGCUUAUCAUUGGAAGCUACGUGAGUAUAUUUUGCACUAUUCUCAGAAUUCCAUCGGACACAGGAAGGAAGAAAGCCUUCUCCACCUGCAGUUCCCACCUUGCCUCGGUUUGUACCUACUUCGGAACGCUGUUUAUCAUUUAUUUGGCUCCUCCGCACGGACGUUCGAUGAAGCUAAACAAGAUCCUUUCCCUGUUGUACAUAGUAGUGACUCCGUUGUUUAAUCCGAUUAUUUAUAGUCUGAGGAAUCAGGAAAUUAAAGCAUGCAUUUCUUCUUAUAUCGUUUUCUACAAAGGAGAAACUUCUUCAGAUUUCUAG